AUGGACAACCAGGGUCUGCCGGACAAGCUGAUUCCGGAAGUGCUGGAAAACGAACCAGGAGCAACAGGGCAAGAUGGACAACCGGGAGAACUAGGAACUUCUAUUACCAACUCACCAGGAUCACCAAGGAUCUCCAGGACCCCAUGGACAACCGAGACAAAACGGAAAAAAGUACUGAAGAAUAUCCUUGCUGCCCAAGCUUCUGCAUCUCCAGCUAGGCCAGGACCACCGGGAAAAGCGGAUCUGAUAGAGAACCAGGACAAGCUUGACAAGAUGGACAACCAGGGUCUGCGAGAGAAGCUAAUUCCGAAAGUGCUGGAAAACAAUGCAUCACAUGCCCAGCAAGAACACCAGAAGCACCACAACCAGAUGGAAAUGCUGGGCCAACUGGAUACCAAGAAAUGCCAGGAUGAGAAGAACGAGGUGGAGGCCACCACCAGAAGAUCCAGUAAACAACGAACAACCAGGGACACCAGGACAAGAUGGACAACCGAGAGUACCAGGACCUCUUGA